AUGUAUUUUUUGUAUUUCUUUGUAUUUUCUCCAUUUUCCCCUCUAUUUUCUCUUCCUGUUGUACCCGAAGACCACGCGAUAACACGACAGGGCUUUUCCAGAUCUUUACCCUCCCUUUUCUCCCAUCCUGCGAGAGCCUUCCACAGAAAGAACCCGGAGGAGAGGUUCAGACACCAACAGCCCAGCAGCCCCUUCCAAAGUGUCCAAAAUCAUCCAGCCCCCUGGUUUGUUUCUAUCACACCUUUUUCCCCCAAUCGCUCCAAACUUUUCCCUCUCGACAGCCAGAAGAACCCACUGCACGCCCGAUCACCCCCCCCCCCCCAUAAGGCACCUAUGGAGAGUGAUUCCUACCGCCCAGCAGCCUUAGAAGGAGGCCGAUCUAUUGAACGCGAAUACAGGCACCGUGAUAGAUCUCGUUCACCACGUCGUCGUUCUCCAGACCAUCGUGAUCGCGCAAGAUCUCGAAGCCGGGACGAUUACAGAAGGCGGUCCUCUCGCUCGCCUAUGAGUGGAAGUGGCGGAUCUGGAUACCAAGGCAGUAGUGGAGGGGCUGGUGGACCUCGUCGAAGUUACGAAGAACGUGCAGCCGCAAAGGACGCUAUGAUGCAGAGCCUUCGUGAUAGUUCUCAGCAGGACCGCCGAGUUUACGUCGGAAACCUUUCCUACGAUGUCAAAUGGCAUCACCUUAAAGAUUUUAUGCGACAAGCCGGAGAGGUCCUCUUCGCCGAUGUCUUGUUGCUUCCGAAUGGAAUGUCGAAGCAACUGCAGGAUUCUCAGACUGCUGUUAACACCCUCAGCAAUCAAAAUUUAAUGGGCAGACUCGUCUAUGUCCGAGAGGAUCGUGAGGCAGAACCUCGCUUUACUGGCCAGCAAGGCACUCGUCCUCCCUACCCUGGCGGUCCGCCGGGUAGCAGUUAUCCUGGUAGUGGAUACUCUGGCGGUGGCGGUGGGGGUGGUGGUGUUCCUGGGGCCGGGGGGCGUCAGAUAUACGUGUCUAAUCUCCCUUACACUGCUGGUUGGCAAGACUUGAAGGACUUGUUCCGUCAAGCUGGAGCCGUUGUGCGUGCCGAUGUUCACAUUGGCCCUGACGGGCGCCCCAAAGGUAGUGGUGUAGUCGCGUUUGAGUCCCCUGAAGAUGCCCGUAAUGCUAUUGCGCAGUUCAACAACUAUGAUUGGCAAGGUCGUCAGUUGGAGGUUAGAGAGGACCGUUUCGCAGGAUCUAUGACUAUUCCUCUGUGCCGCCUAACGAGUUCACCGAUCACGCCACUAGUGGGGGUGAACGCAGUGCGACAAUUUACGUCCGCAAUCUCCCGUGGUCUACCAGCAAUGAUGACCUGGUCGAGUUGUUUAAUACGAUUGGAAAGGUCGAACGUGCUGAGAUUCAGUACGAGCCUAACGGAAGAUCCAGGGAAUGCAGAAACAGCAAUUUCUAAAUUCACCGGCUACCUCUACGGAGGCCGACCCCUAGGACUCUCAUAUGUCAAGUAUAAUAGCUUUGGUAGCAACGGCGCUGAUGCAAUGGAGGUUACCGAGCCCACCUUAACGCAAGACCAAAUGAUGUGAAGUCCUGGGGAAAUGAUAUGGCGACCUGACCUAACAACUCACUUUUCAAGAGAUUGAUAGUACCAAUUUUCUUUUUUCUCGUCUUUCAGAGCUCCUAUGUUCCUAUUAGGUUGUUUAAGGUUUGUCGUUCGCGAAAACGCAAAAAAAAAAGUUCAGGAAGUUUGGCUUAUUCGCUUUCACUCCCCCAUAUGUGGGUUUUCAUUACCUUAUUUGUCUUUUUGUUCUCCAUUGUCAUUUUAGUCUCAAGUUCACCCAUCCAAAUUCUCCCUUUUGUGUUUUUAGCUUCUUUCAUUUAUCUCUCCUUUCUUUACUAGUUAUUCUCCGUUGUCGUUAUUGUUUUUUUUUUUUUUCCCGUGCAAAAAAAAAAAAGUCGGUGAUGGUCUGUUUGAUGAACGGAGUGUACCAAUGCGAGCGCCAAGGUUUAACAUCUAUCGUUAUCGUUGUGUUGAAUUGAUGGUCGGUUGGUAGUUUAAUUGGAAGUCGAGAUAUUGAAAGUUUGGAGAUAUAUUGAAUAGGACGGGAGCUAUUGAGUGAGAUUGGAUAUUGAGGGGGGGAUAAAUUGUGUAUCAGUAGUUUUGCGAUUGGAGGUGAAGGGGCAUGUUUUCAUAUGAUAGCUUUAUUAUUCCUUUCGAUUAUAUGGGGUAUUGGUGGUGAUGUGAAGUAUGAAUUGUUAACUUAUUGUUGAUUGA